AUGUCGAUAUUGGCUCCGAAAGAAAGUCCCAAUACCGAUGGAAUCCACGUCAGCUCGUCGAAUAACGUACGUGUCAGCAACGUGAACAUUGCCACUGGAGAUGACUGCAUAUCAUUGGGCCCUGGAACUACAAACAUCGACAUUUCUGGCAUUACAUGUGGACCUGGCCAUGGUAUUAGCAUUGGAAGCUUGGGAAAAUACCCUGAUGAGAAAGACGUUGAUGGCAUUACUGUACCAAAUUGCACUCUAAGCAACACUCUAAAUGGAGUGAGGAUCAAAACAUGGGCACCGUCUCCGCCAAGCAUAGUUUCCAAUGUUACAUUUCAGGACAUUCUUUUGAAAAACGCUGAUAAUCCCGUCAUCAUCGAUCAACAAUAUUGUCCCAGCAAUUCUUGUAGCCAUCAGGGAGAUUCGAGAGUUCAAAUCAAAGACGUGAAGUUCGUAAACAUACACGGGAGUUCAUCCAUUCCUGAUGCAGUAAACGUCGUGUGUAGCAAAAGUAUGCCGUGCCAAGGAAUCGAGUUUUCGGGCCUUAACAUUAUUAUGAAUGGCAAUGGGCAACCAACAACAGCUACAUGCUCUAAUGUCAAUGCAGACUUUCUAGGAAAUACUGUUCCUACACAUUGUUCUUAA